AUGUCGGUUGAUGUCAAGUCAGAGUUUUCGGAAAACGAUUCUUCAUCGACGCCUUCUCCCACCACACUCCCGCUGCAAAAUUCGCACGAUAUCUGCAAACAGUCGGACCAGAACGAGUGGACCAACUAUCAGAUGGUUCCGCUGUGGAAUGCACAUCCAUUCAGGUAGGUUGAAGAGGAAAACUCUAGGUUGUACCAGACUCAAAUUAAAAAGUGUAAUCCUAUUCAAAUAUAAAAAUUGUAAAUCCAUAACAUCCUUUCGUUUCUUACCCGAAAAUAUUUGCUUCCCUCAAAUAUUGGCCCGAAAUUUGUUUUAAAGGUUAUAUGCAAAUGGGGAAGGGGUACUGUAGCCCCGCCCCCUCCCAAUCGGCAGUACAUUGGAAGCUGAGACUCCGCCCAUCGUUUGGAGAAAAUUGUGUAAAAGCAGUAUCAAUUGACACUUGACACUAUUUUGAUUUAGAAUAUCUUUUAUAUAGUCUGUAAAAUCGUUUUAGAGACAAAAUGCUGCAGUCGUCAUUCGAUCCGCAGCUAUACGGUCGUUGGCCUCAAAUGGGAGAUGCGAGCAGUUUCUAUGUGAGUGAAUGUUUCUUAUCUCACGUUUAUUCGUUUUCUUUUUGCAGAACCAUCCGGAUUUCUACUCUUCGUUGAGUCUUCAGCAAAUGACACCGUCUCAAGUUGCUCCAGCAGUCUCAGAUUCCGAAGUUAAACCGCCACUCUCGAAUGGGAGCAGUAGCGACAGUGGAGCAAGUAUGUACCCAUCUCCCACCGACAUGAUUCCAUUCUCAUCCACUUCUGCCUCCACGUCAGCGGCUGCUGCCAACUAUCAGAUGAGGGCUACCACGUGUUAUCAGCAGGCUGUCUGGCCAUUCGUGGACUAUCAACAGGUAUGCAUUUUGAGAAAUAACUCGUUUAGAAUGAUGUGUUAGUUUCAGCCAUUCGCCUGGAAGAUGCCCCUAGGUGGAAGCAAAGAUCGUAGAAGCCUCGUGGGAAACAGUUCAAAGGCGCUUCCAACGGGUCCAGGGACGAAUAGUGAGUGAAAUCAUCCUGUAUAAAACUUAAGAAGGGAAGGACCAUAGAAUUAGUAACAACCGAAUAAUUGUAUUGACAGGUUUUUAUAUUCACUACAGAAAGUUUCUUUCUCAGCACAAAACACUUUUUUCAGAUGUACGUGUAAGGACAGCCGACAAGUAUCGAAUGGUAUAUUCGGACUAUCAGCGACUCGAGCUAGAGAAGGAGUUCCACACCCAGGCUUUCAUCACCGCAGACCGUAAAUCGCAGUUGUCGACACUUUUGAAUUUGACGGAACGGCAAAUAAAGAUUUGGUUCCAGAACAGGUAUGUCUCAUCUGAUAAUAAGCCCAAUAUACAAAAUUGGAAGAAGAGGCGCAAACUUUUUUUAGAUAGCGUGUAGUGAUGAAAGGCGGCCCGCCUGAGGUGACAGUGUGUGAGUUACGAGGCUUGCGUAACAGAACCUGCGUGGUACAUACGCAAGUCCUUCUGGCAUCUGAUGGAAAUUGUAGCAAAUUGGAAUUUCAUUGAAAGAAAAUACUUUUUAGGCCUGAGCCCGCUGGCCAGGCCGAGCUUUGAUGUUGAUGAUAUAGUUGAAGUAUCCAGUACAACACUUUUGAAACCUUUUUAGAAAUGUAAGAAGUAUGGACGGACAAACAGAGGGACAACCCCGGGAAGUUUUUAAAUAAGAAACGACACGGCGAGCAUUUGUGAACAUGGUUUGAAUUUCCCGCCCGUAUUUUGUCACUGCGUAGCGACUCAUUUUCGUACUAAAGAGUACGGUUUGCGAUACGCAACGAUAAAAACGGGAACAAGCAUGUUCACAAAUGUUCGCCGUGAACGACUUGUUGGAAGGUACCCGAUAAUUCGGUCUAACUAACUAGAAAGUGUAGAAGUUCAUCACGUCGAAAACAAUUUUAUCAAUAUCGAUGCUUUCUCUUUUCGAUUGGGAAUCAGCAGAGCCGAAACGUAGAAAGGUAAUUUUGAUGGCGUCGCCCCUCCAAAUAUUGACACACUUUUCCAUCACGCUGAUUCAUUACCAACGUCAUCUAAUUCCGCUAUGUUGCAAAUCUUAAUUCCACGCUUCUCCGCAAUAUUGUUUUGGUUUGCUCUCUUGUUUCCAUUAUUUUCUGGUGGACCUUGUUCUUUUUCGAUUAACAUAUACCGUAUUCUUUACCAAACACCUAAGCCAUCCGAUCACCGCACAGUUCCAUGGAAUUAAAGAGUCGUAAAAUUGUGUAAUUGGAGGCGAGUCUCAGUCUAGAGAGCGAAAAAGUUUUCUAAUUGUUCUCGUUUACGAGCGUCUAAUUGGGAUUACUGUAGGAAAAUGUGGUCAUUUAGGGACCAAUAUUCAAAAAUUCACUAAUAAACUCAAUUCAUCGUUAGUGCCCUUAGGUGUUUGCAGACUCAAGCCAAAAUUUCCUGAAAUUAGGCUUGAGUCUGCAAACACCGAGGAGGCAAGAGCGGUACAUUGAGUAUAUGUAUCUGUACUGCAGAUUCUGCAGUACACCAUUCAUGUCGGAUUGAGCAAAAGGUUCCCAGAAAACAGUAAAAUGGAAAUGAACGCGUUUGCACACAUUGAGAACAGACACCCGAAAAGAGGGAACAUACGGACCCGACCGCACCUUCUAUUGUAUCGUAGCCAAAUGAAUGAAAGCGCAAAAGAUUGAUGCAUAUUGUGAACCCGUUACCAAUUGGCGGCGUCGCUUUUUGUGUUUUGCCGUAAAUAAAGCUGCAUUUCCUAACUGAUCCGCACUAUUCCGUUCCUCAUACUACUGUUCCAGACGUGCAAAGGAUCGUCGUGACAAGCAAAAAGUGCGACUUUGA